AGAAGGAAAGCCCAAGCCACCAACGCAACGCGGCAGCAGGAAGGCAAGAGGAAUCGAGGCCACCACCACCACCGCCGUGCAGGGGCGGCCGGGCUCGCCGUGGCCACACCUUGCGGCGCUCGCGAAUCCAAUCCUCCGCCCCCCACUCCUCACCGGCGCGCGCGUUUAUAAAUAUAGAUUCACCGGUCGCGAUCGCCGCCCCGGAUCGGAUUCAACUCACCUACCCUCCCACCCCCUCAAUCCCGAGCUCCGCCUGCUUCCUACGCUACCGCGGCCGACUCCGACCUCCCCGCUCCUCGAGCAAGCUGCCAUGGCGGCCGCCGCGCUGAGGGAGCAGCUCAACGCCCUCCUCGCCUCCAUGUUCGCCUCGGGUCUGGUGGACGAGCAGUUCCAGCAGCUGCAGAUGCUGCAGGACGACGGGAGCACCCCGGGAUUCGUCGCCGAGGUCGUCACCCUCUUCUGCGACGACGCCGACAGGAUCAUCUCCGAGCUCGCCGCCCUGCUGGAGCAACCCGUCGUGGACUUUGAUAAGGUGGACGCCUACGUGCAUCAGCUAAAAGGGAGCAGCGCCAGUAUUGGUGCUCAGAAAGUGAAGUUUACUUGCAUGCAGUUCCGUCAGUUAUGUCAGGACAAGAACAGAGACGGGUGCAUCAUGGCAUUAGCCGUUGUGAGAAAUGAGUUCUAUGAUCUGCGCAACAAGUUCCAGACUAUGCUUCAGCUUGAGCAGCAAAUCCAGGCUCAACAAUAAAUUGAAGAAGAAAGAGUGUAGUUGCAUGUGAUCUCUCAUGAUAAGUGUAUCUCUGGAGAUGUAGACCAUGUUCAUUGUUCGCUGGAUUCCUGCAAUGCGUGUGCAAUCAUUGACAUUGAGGUCUUAAUGCUUACAAAACUUUGGCUCACAAACCUGUAACUGUUAGCGGCAACAACGACUGCCUAGCGUUGUGCCUCUGUUGCUCUAGCCUGUUUGUGUUGGAUUGCCAUCGUAUGCAAACUUUUACUGGGUGCCUGGUAACUCAGCUAGCGGAUUUCUUGCUUUUGGAAAUGGAUGCCGGUGUAUGAUUCAUCAGUACCGCAACAUGCUAUCUGAGUAACUGAAGUUGUGAAGUCUUUGCUGGUUGUGCUGUUAUGAAUAGGCUUGUGUGAUGGA